AGAUCCGUUGCUCUCUUCAGCAAAAAAAAGUGCAAUUAUGCCACCAAAAAGAAACGUUGGGAAGGCUGCCCAGACUUUACAUAUUGGGCUUGGUGAUGGCAGUCUAGCACACUCGGAAGGGGAAAAUGAGCCAAUCAUUCCACCACCAUUGUCACCAAUACUUGGGGAGCAUUCUUUUGUCAAUCCUACUUUCAACAAGGAUAGUGAAUCUGGAGAUGAUGUCGCUCAAUCUGAAUUGAGCCUCAGCCACAAACAGCAGAUCUUCAAAGGUAGAAUCAGAAUAUUUCAGCUCCAGCACUCGGGGGGGCAAGUUAAUCUGCCACAACCACCUCCCCAGAUUCAGCAGGUAGCAGGCGGACCAAUGCAGCCAGAUCCUGUUGAGGCUGCACCACGUGCAACAGAUCUAGGUAAUCACCAACAGCCCAGAUAUCUGCCACCUCUGCGCCGACCGAAUGGAGGACACCCACAACAUAAUGCACCUCCACAAAGGGAGCAUUUCCAGCCUUAUGUGCCACCCAUGCAACAAAAUCUUCCAAAUCUGCCAGGACAGUACAUCAAUCGUGAUCAGAUCAUCGACAUGGUGCAGGAGGCUUAUAGUUCAGUUUUGAGGCCUCUUGUCAGACCUGCUUACAGAAAACCAUAUCCAGAUUACGUAGACCAAGAGAAUCCUUUUCCAAGGGGGUUUAAAGUUCCAGAAUUCACUCUAUUUUCUGAAGAUGCUCUCACCUGGUAUCUGAGUCUACCACAGAAUUCAGUUUAUACUUGGAGGCAGAUGGAAGAUCUUUUUCACAUCCAGUUCUACCGCAGUGAGCCAGAAGUGUCCAUGGCAGAUUUAUCUCGUCUGAUGCAGCGACCUGGAGAAACAUAUGAGGCCUUUCUGGCCAGAUUUCGGAAGGCCAGACUUAAGUGCAGAGUCACCCUGCCAGAACAGGAAUUUGUCAAGCUGGCACAAAAUGGGCUGGACAUUGAAUUGAGGAAAAAGUUUGAGGGAAUGGAGUUUCGUGAUUUCUUUGAGUUGUCUUACAAGGUGGCUCGUUAUGAGAAUUUAUUGCGAGAGAACACACAAAGGAAAUCUGCAUCUCAUGGGACUUAUUAUGGUGAUGCUAACUUUGAUUUGGACGUGGCAGAAGUGGUGGCAGACAAGCCAGUUGUUUGCCCAGAUUUGGUCAAAGUGGCCCAGCAGACCGACAGAACAGAGAAAAUCGACAAGGGAAUUCUGCGUUUUCCAGAUAAGGCCAAAGAAACUAUGGGAGUUGAUGCAGAUCCAUUCCCUACCAUGUUUGUUGGGGUGAAUGCGGCAGAUCUCAGAAGCAUUGCCAGGGAUAGAUCUCAAACAUACUAUAGGCGCAGACUUGCAGCUGAUGAUCUGAGGUGGGUCAUCGAGGAGGCCAGAGCCCGCAGAAAUCAGCCCAGAAUGGCGAAACCACCACCCAGAUCUCCAACCAAACGAUGGGAACGUGUGGUGCAUCCAAAAUUUCCUAAAGGUCAAAAUCCAAGGACCUUGAGGAGGCACUUACAACGCAAAAGGGCUGCAGAAAGACACCGACAGCAGAUUGCAGACUUGGGGGGCAUGGCAGAUCAGGCUCAGCCGCUCCUAGCAAGAAGAAAAUCAGUGUGGGUCCGUAAAGAAAAAGGGAGCACAUCUGGUCAGAAUACUCCAGAAAAAGAGGAACCACCCAAAAGUCCAACAUCGCCUCGAAUUCUGGUUGUGGAAUCAAAUGAAGAAACUAGUUUGAAGGCGAAGUUUGACGUGUCAGAUAAAGCGGAAAAUUCAUCAGAUGUAAUCUGUUUUGGUGAGUUUUCCGUGAAUCUAUCUUGUUUGGUGAUCACUCUUCCUUUGGUCUUUCAAGCAAGAGACCAGUCAGAAUCUGCAGUUUGUCACCAGACAGAUUUGACUGAAGAAGAAGUCAUUGAGAUCCCAACUAAGGAAGAUGGUGGUAUGGAUUUAGCAGAUAAAAUCAUUUUCGAAAAACCAGAAGAGAGGAUGGCCAGACAUAUCAGGCUAUUAUACAUUUAUGCACAUUUGGAUGAAGUGACAAUCAGUGAUUUUACUGGUGGAGUAAAUCGCUCAAGUGGAAUUCUGCCAGUGGAACUUACCGUUGGAAAUAGAACUCUCAUGUGUGCCUUCUUUGUGGUUGACAUCAUUGCCACUUAUAAUGCAUUGCUUGGGAGAGAUUGGAUACAUUCCAGCUGGUGUGUUCCUUCAACUCUGCAUCAAAAAUUGAUAUUUUGGAAUGGUGGCAGAACUGAAGUCGUGACAGCAGAUGACAAGCCAUUUGUGGCAAGUACCAACGCAGUGGAAGCUCGUUAUUAUGAUGAAGAUAUUGGGACUAUCCGUUUCUUUGGGAUGGAUCGCUAUGGCAGACCUUCUAGAAUUACUGCCUGCACCAGAUCUGCAAUGGACAGACAGACUGUGAAAGAGAAAAAGGAGGCCGUGGAAGAAAUCAAGAGAAAAUUAGCGGCUUACCUUGCUGAAAAACGGAUCUGUGUAGGCAGAUCUGAAGUAGUCUAUGAAGGUGAAGAGGAAGACUUGAAGGAUCAAAUAACACUAGAGGAAUUAGAUCUGGCACCAGCAAAACUUGAUGAUCUGAAGGCAGAAGUACAAGAUCCCCUGGAAGAGGUAAAUCUGGGUACUGAGGCAGAUCCGAAAAUUACUUUUAUUAGCGGUUCUCUUGAGCCGUGUUUGCAUGCUAAAAUUAUCGAUAUUUUGCGUGAAUACAAGGACUGUUUUGCUUGGGACUAUUCUGAAAUGCCAGGUCUGGACAGAAAUCUGGUUGAGCACAGAUUACCAAUUAGAGCAGAUUUCAAGCCUUUUAAACAGCCGCCUAGACGAAUGUCUCCAGAAGUUACCUUAAAAGUUAAAGAAGAAAUAGAGCGGCUGUUGAAGGUUGGUUUCAUCAGAACUUCCAGAUAUGUGGAAUGGUUAUCUAAUGUGGUUUCCGUGGUUAAAAAGAAUGGCAAGCUGAGAAUCUAUGUAGACUUCAGAAAUCUGAAUCUGGCAACACCAAAAGAUGAAUAUCCUAUGCCUAUUGCAGAUUUAUUGGUGGAUGGUGCAGCACGCCACCGAAUUCUGUCAUUCAUGGAUGGCCACAAUGGGUACAACCAGAUUUUUAUAGCAGAAGAGGACAUUCCAAAGACCGCUUUUUGCUGCCCAGGAGCUAUUGGUACGUAUGAAUGGGUAGUAAUGCCAUUUGGUUUAAAAAAUGUUGGUGCAACUUAUCAAAGAGCCAUGAACGCCAUCUUCCAUGACAUGAUUGGUCGUUUUAUGGAAAUUUAUAUUGAUGAUGUGGUUGUGAAAUCUAAUGAAGAUGAAGAACAUCUGGAGCAUUUAAAGCUGGCUUUUGAAAGAAUGAGAAAGCAUGGUCUGGAAGUAGAUCAGAACAAGGCAAGAGCUGUUAUUGACACACAGCCGCCAAGAAGUAAGAAGGAAUUACAAAGAUUCCUUGGGCAAGUAAAUUUUCUGAGACGUUUUAUCUCAAAUCUGGCAAGAAAAACCAGAGUUUUUUCACCACUGCUGAAGCUGAAAUCAGAAGCAGAUUUCAAAUGGGAGAAACACCAUCAGACCGCCUUUGAGGAAAUAAAGCAUUAUUUAUCAAAGUCGCCGGUCUUAGUGCCUCCUUUAAGAGGCAAACCUUUGAUUUUGUACAUAUCUGCCGCAGAUGAAUCUGUAGGUUGUCUGCUGGCUCAAGAAAAUAGUAAAAAGCAAGAACAAGCUGUUUAUUAUUUGAGUCGAAGUCUGUCACAGAUCGAAGUGAAAUAUUCUUCGGUCGAAAAAUUAUGUCUUGCUUUGUUUUUUGCUGCAAUAAAAUUGAGGCAUUAUUUGCUUUAUUCCGAGGUUUAUGUUAUUUCGAAAACUGAUGUGAUAAAGUGCAUGUUGUCUCGACCACUGUUGCGAGGCAGAAUUGGGAAAUGGGUUCUGGCUUUGUUAGAAUUCAACCUGAAGUACAUGCCUCAAAAAGCUGUCAAGGGGCAGGCUUUGGCAAAUUUCCUGGCAGAUCAUCCGUGCCUGGAGGUAGAAGCAGAUGAGGAAAAAGGUAUUAAUUUAUUUUCCAUAAAUCUGGUUCCUUGGAAGCUUAUCUUUGAUGGAUCUAGCACAGAUUCUAUGUCUGGAGCAGGAAUUGUUAUUAUUUCUCCAAUUGGUUUGAAAACCCAAAUAUUGUUUCAGCUAGAUUUCAAUUGCACCAAUAACCAAGCUGAAUAUGAGGCACUAAUUAUUGGGUUGGAAGUGUUGGUAGAGCUCAAGGUACCCAUGGUAGAAAUAAUUGGUGACUCACAAUUAAUUUUGAAGCAAUUAGAAGGUGAGUACAAGUGCACUAGUUUGUCUUUGGCACCUUAUUUUGCUUUGGCAGUACAGCUCUUGGAGGAAUUUGAUGAUGUAAUCUUGAGGCAUGUUACUCGAGAUCUGAACACAGAAGCAAAUGAGAUGGCACAAAUCGCCUCGGGCUUAAAAAUCCCAAAAGGCGUGAUGAGCAGAAUUGUUGUUGCAGAAAAACGAAUUCUGCCAUCUAUUCACAUGCGUGGUAUGGUAAUUUCUGCUUGUUCCAUAGAUGUAACCCAGACAGAUUGGCGUUAUCCAAUCAUGGAAUACCUCAAAAAUCCAAAUUUUAAGGCCUCAAGAAGAACAAAAAUGCAGGCCUUGAAUUAUGUUCUGUUGGAAGGUGUUCUUUAUAGAAGAGGAUAUGAUGAAUUACUUCUGUGCUGUCUUGGUCCAGAUGAGUACUGCCAGAUUAUGUCAGAUGUGCAUAACGGAAUCUGUGGUACACACCAAGCUGGAAUUAAGAUGAGAUGGCUAAUUCGUAGACAUGGAUUCUUUUGGCCAUCAAUCUUGAAAGAUUGCAUCAACUAUGCUAAAGGUUGCAAAGCCUGCCAGAUUCAUGGACCACUACAGAGAGUUCCAGCGUUAGAACUCCAUCCAAUCGUCAAACCGUGGCCAUUUCGAGGAUGGGCCAUAGAUUUGAUCGGUAAAGUUUAUCCUCCUUCCACUAGAGGGCAUUCUUUUAUUAUUGUUGCCACAGAUUACUUUACCAAGUGGGUGGAAGCAAAGCCAAUGAAGAAGGUUGACCAAACCAAUAUUAUUAAAUUUCUUAAGGAAGAAAUCAUUCACAGAUUCGGUUUACCAGAAACAGUGACUUUAGAUCAAGGAACAGUUUUUGUUGGUGCACAAGUUGAGGCGUUUGCAAAAGAAAUGGGAUUUAGGUUACUCACUUCAACCCCUCAUUAUGCUCAAGCCAAUGGUCAAGCUGAAGCUUCCAACAUAAUUGUGAUAAAUCUGCUGGAAAAAAUGGUUGAUGAUAAUCCAAGGUGUUGGCAUGAGUUGUUAUCUGACACAAUCUGGGCUUACAGAACUUCACAGAGUUCUACCAAGGUAACUCCAUUCUCUUUAACUUAUGGACAUGAUGCUGUUCUGCCCAUGGAGUUGUCUGCUAGAUCAUUGCGUAUAACAAUUCAACAUGGUCUCACUUCUGGAGAAUAUAAUGAAGCAAUGAUUCUAGAGUUAGAGGAGCUUGAAGGUAUGCGAUUGACGGCCUUAGAUGGGCUGCAAACGCAGAAAUUAAAAGUGGCUCGAGCAUAUAACAAACGGGUGAAAUCCAGAAGUCUGGCAAAAGGAGAUUUGGUGUGGAAGGCAAUUCUGCCACUUGGGAAGAAAGACCCCAGAUUUGGGAAAUGGUCUCCAAAUUGGGAAGGACCAUUUCGUAUACAUGAAGUGCUUAGAGGAGGAGCAUAUUGGCUUGAAUCAUUAAAUGGAGAGUUACAUCCUCGAAAAAUAAAUGGAAUCUACCUUAAGCCUUACUAUCCUAUGGUAUGGGAGGCUAGGGGUUUGGAUACCAUUGAUUCUACCUAAGACAGAUUUGAGGUAAGGUUUGUAUAGUAUUUUAUUUCAUUGUGUUUAGCAUUUUAUCAUUCAAUAGAAAGUGCUGAGCGAA